GCCUCCCCGGCUUUCACCCAUUUGCUGUCUCCAGCUUUCCUGCCGCCUUCCUGCAGAGGCUGGACAGUGGCUCAUCAGCCAGCACCCUGGACUCCUCGCCUCCAUAACCCCAUGGCAUUGGCCCCAAGACAGUGGCUUCUAGAACUACCAGCCCCUUCCUCUUCUAGCCCUUACUGUGGAGUUUGCAGCUGACUCUUGAUUCUCAGUAUUCUCUCUGGCGAUGUACCAAGGCUCCUCUCCCCUCGGAGCCAGCUCCAUAACUUGAUUUUCCCCGAACGUGUCACAAUCCCCACUGACCCCCCCUUGCUAGCUACACAGGCCACCCAGGGUCUAGUUUGGGCAUGAGUGUAGAGGAUGGGGGUGUGCCAGGCCUGGGCCAUCCCAGGCAGGCCCGCUGGACCCUGAUGCUACUCCUGUCCACUGCCAUGUACGGAGCCCAUGCCCCAUUGCUGGCACUGUGCCACGUGGAUGGCCGUGUGCCCUUCCGACCGUCUUCGGCUGUAUUGCUGACUGAACUGACCAAGCUGCUGCUGUGCGCCUUCUCCCUCCUGGUGGGCUGGCAAGCAUGGCCCCAGCAGACCCCACCCUGGCGCCAGGCCGCCCCGUUCGCACUAUCAGCCCUGCUCUACGGCGCCAGCAACAACCUGGUGAUCUACCUUCAACGUUACAUGGACCCCAGCACCUACCAGGUGCUGAGCAAUCUCAAGAUUGGAAGCACAGCCCUGUUCUACUGCCUCUGCCUCCGACACCGCCUCUCUGCACGCCAGGGCUUAGCACUGCUGCUGCUCAUGGCAGCAGGAGCCUGCUAUGCAGCUGGUGGCCUGCAGGACCCUGGGAACACCCUUCCUGGGCCCCCUUCCGCAGCUGCUGCAGGCCCCAUGCCCCUGCAUAUCAGUCCACUGGGACUGCUGCUUCUCAUCCUGUACUGCCUCAUCUCAGGCUUGUCUUCCGUGUACACAGAGCUGCUCAUGAAGCGACAGCGGCUGCCCCUGGCACUUCAGAACCUCUUCCUCUACACUUUUGGUGUGCUCCUGAACCUAGGUCUGCAUGCAGGUGGCGGCCCCGGCCCAGGCCUCCUGGAGGGUUUCUCAGGAUGGGCAGCACUUGUAGUGCUGAGCCAGGCACUAAAUGGGCUGCUCAUGUCAGCUGUCAUGAAGCACGGCAGCAGCAUCACACGCCUCUUCGUUGUGUCCUGCUCGCUAGUGGUCAACGCUGUGCUCUCAGCAGCCCUGCUGCAGCUUCAGCUCACAGCUGCCUUCUUCCUGGCCACGCUGCUCAUUGGCCUGGCUGUGCGCCUGUACUAUGGCAGUCGCUAGCCCCUCACCACCUCCACCCUGAUUCCUGACCUGUAGAUUGGGCACCACCAUCGGAGCCACCUCCCAGUGCUGACCCCUCCCCUCAGCAGCCCUGUAACAAGUGCCUUGCGAGAAAAGCUGGGGAAGUGCGAGCAGCCAUGUCAGUCUCUGGAGGUAGGUGGAUGGAGGGUUGAAGCCUGGGUUUGGUUAAGGAAACUCUUACACCCCCAGAAGUUCUUCCUGACUAAGGAAUUAGGGGAGCAUCAGUUCAUGGGCCUGAGAAGUGAUACCGUGCCUGAUGGGAGGAGGUGCCCUGCCUCAACCUGCAUGAAUGCAGUUUCUUAAAGUGGGGUGUGGGCAGCAGUUGGCUUUCCUUGCCUACUGUGGUCACCCCAGCAGACCCACUGCCCCCAGGCCUGGUGCUUGCUGCUCCAGCCCAGCCAUGGUGCAUGACUCCCCCAUAACAUGCUCACCCCCCACUGUCAUGUAGGAAAGCCCAGUUGCUGCAGAUUAUACGCCCAUCACCCAGGCCUCUGCCAUACUCCCCUAGCUGCAGCAGCACCUGGAAGUAAUGCCCCCACUCUCUCCUUAUCCCGCCUUUGUUCUGGAAACCUCAGAGAGGACUGGGGCUUGACUCAUCUCAGGGAUGUUGUCCCUGGGCCCUGGCUUAAGCCUACACUCCUGACCUCUCUGCUCACUCUAAGGGCUCUCUCAUAGCCCACUGCCCCCUCUAUAACUUCUAGGAGGUACCGUCUUUCCCACUCUGAGUCCUGCCCUUUCCUAGCAGUGUCCCGGCUCCCAACAGCCUAGGGAAACUCUACACAGAGUGACCUGGGACCAGGCACAGGGAAACUUGUAUAGCUCAAUCAGUGUCUGUAUAAGCAAUAAGGUCUUAAUAAAGUGCUCUGGGGUAUAGGUGGUUUCUACAGUUGGC